CUACUGUAUAAGAGUACAAUGGCGAGGUUCGCCAUUAGGUUUGCUUUUGAAGUCGUUGGUGCACGCCCUCAAACCUGUUUAGGAUGGAGUCCGUUGCUGCACACAAAGAUGAAGUCACUCACGUUGAGUCGAAGAUUGACGAGUUGAAAAGAAAGUCUGUGGAUGCCAAAGACGUUGCAGAUCAUGAAGCUAAAAAUGGUAACGAUGAGCCAGUUGUCAAGAAGAUAAGGAAAGAGACUGAUGAUAAUGAUGGCGACGAAAAGGCUCACAGUCCAGAGAAUAGACCAACCGAGGGUGAGUUGUACGAAGAUGGUAACGAAGACGAUGCCUCACAAGACACCAAAGGCACCAAUGGAACAAGCGAACAUGUAAACGGCAGUAACGGCGAACAUGUCGGUGAACAUCAAACUGAAAAAUCAGAUGAAGGGUCCGAUUCGGAAUCGGAAAGGGGUGAUGCACCUUCAGUUGACAAGGAGUCGAACGAAGAGGCCAGUGAUUAACCUCGGCAUUUCCAUGCACUCCAGGCAUUUAUGUCUUUUUAUAACAUUUUUAUCGAUUUUUAUUCUAACCCGGCAGCUUUUGCACAAGUUUAUUAUUCACUUAUAUCUAAUAUAACAGAUGCUCGGA